GGGCAGCUUGUAGACGCUCCCUGCUCGGCCCGGGCUCCCUGACCCUGCAGCAGAGGCAGAAGCGGGAGGUGCUGCGUUGGUAGAGUCGCCGCGUUCGGGUGGCUUUUUUUUCGUGCCAGCUCCGGUAUUGCAGUUGUGUGGUCUGGCCCUAGUUGAGCUGCAAGGCGCCGCCGCAGCUUCUGUGCUGCUCCGACCGGGUCCGGCCUCCCCGCCGAAUUGGCGGGGGGAGGCAAACCCGGCCCCGCUUAGGGAGCAGGAUGGGCGACGAAGAUGAGGCUUCUCUCAAGCGGCGUAAGAGGAGCUGCAGCAGGAUGGAGCUGAACGGAGACAAUAUGCUGACUAAGGAACCAGAGUAAAUGGCUCCUGACUUGUGAUUGUUGCUUUCCUGGACUAUGAAUUUAGCCCUUGGCUUUGGGCUGUAAGACAGUUUCCAAGUGACUCCAGAGCUGGUUGAGCAGCCAUGGCACUCUUUACUCCAUGGAAGUUGUCCUCUCAGAAACUUGGCUUCUUUCUAGUGACUUUUGGAUUCAUUUGGGGAAUGAUGCUCCUGCAUUUUACUAUUCAACAGAAGACACAGCACGAAAGCAGUUCAGUGCUUCGUGAACAAAUAUUGGACCUCAGCAAAAGAUACAUAAAAGCACUGGCAGAAGAGAACAGGAAUGUGGUGGAUGGACCAUACGUUGGGACCAUGACUGCAUAUGAUCUGAAGAAAACACUUGCUGUUCUACUGGAUAAUAUCCUGCAACGUAUUGGGAAGCUAGAGUCUAAAGUGGAGAACCUUGUAAUCAAUGGCACAGGUGCAAAUUCUACAAACAGUACGACCACUGCUGCUCCUAGUUCAGGAGUAGCUGAAAAGCUUAAUGUUGCAGAUCUCAUCAAUGGAGCCCAGGAACAGUGUGAAUUGCCUCCUAUGGAUGGCUUCCCCCACUGCGAGGGCAAAACAAAAUGGAUGAAAGAUAUGUGGCGAUCUGAUCCCUGUUAUGCAAGCUACGGUGUGGAUGGGUCUACAUGCUCCUUCUUUAUUUACCUCAGUGAGGUUGAAAACUGGUGUCCUCGUUUACCCUGGAGAGCAAAAAAUCCUAAUGAAGAAACUGAUCAAAAGACAAUGGCUGAAAUUCGAACCAAUUUUGAUUUGCUGUACAAAAUGAUGUCCAGACAUGAAGAAUUCCGAUGGAUGAUGCUGCGAAUAAGGAGAAUGGCUGAUACUUGGAUAGAAGCAAUUAAAUCGCUUUCAGAAAAACAAAACCUGGAAAAGAGAAAACGCAAAAAGGUCCUCGUUCAUUUGGGACUCCUGACAAAAGAAUCCGGGUUCAAGAUAGCAGAGAAUGCCUUUAGUGGUGGCCCACUUGGCGAAUUAGUCCAAUGGAGUGAUUUAAUUACAUCUCUCUAUCUACUGGGCCAUGACAUUAGGAUUUCAGCUUCACUGGCAGAGCUCAAGGAAAUUAUGAAGAAGGUUGUUGGUAACAGAUCGGGCUGUCCAACACAAGGGGAUAAAGUAGUGGAACUUAUUUAUAUUGACAUAGUUGGACUUACUCAAUUUAAGAAAACCCUUGGACCAUCCUGGGUUCACUAUCAGUGCAUGUUACGAGUGCUUGAUUCAUUUGGGACUGAACCAGAGUUCAACCAUGCUCAUUAUGCCCAGUCUAAAGGCCACAAAACACCAUGGGGAAAAUGGAACCUUAAUCCACAACAGUUCUACACAAUGUUUCCUCACACUCCAGACAAUAGUUUCCUUGGUUUUGUUGUAGAACAGUAUCUGAAUUCCAGUGACAUCAAGCACUUCGAUGUCAUAAAAAGACAGAACCAGUCUCUUGUUUAUGGCAAAGUUGAUAACUUCUGGAAGGAUAAGAAGUCUUAUUUGGACAUCAUUCAUACUUACACAGAAGUCCAUGGAACUGUCCAUGGGACAAGUACAGUCCAUAUGCCAAGCUAUGUAAAAAAUCAUGGCAUCCUCAGUGGACGUGAUUUACAGUUCCUUCUGAGAGAGACAAAGCUCUUUGUGGGCCUUGGUUUCCCAUAUGAAGGGCCUGCUCCUCUGGAAGCCAUUGCAAAUGGAUGUGCUUUUCUGAACCCAAAGUUUAAUCCUCCCAAAAGCAGCAAAAAUACAGAUUUCUUCAAAGGCAAGCCAACCCUUCGAGAGUUGACAUCUCAACACCCCUAUGCUGAAGUUUACAUCGGCAGGCCUCAUGUGUGGACUGUAAACAUCAACGAUCUAUCCGAAGUUGAGAAGGCAGUGAAAGCAAUUUUGAAUCAAAAGAUGGAACCAUACUUACCCUAUGAAUUCACAUGUGAAGGAAUGCUCCAGAGAAUGAAUGCUUUCAUAGAGAAACAGGAUUUUUGCCAUGGGCAAGUGAUGUGGCCCCCAUUAAGCGCCCUCCAGGUUAAAAUGGCUGGAUCUGGGAAAUCAUGUAAGCAGGUUUGUCAAGAAAAUCAGCUUAUCUGUGAGCCAUCCUUUUUCCAGCACCUUAACAAGGACAAAGACCUCCUAAAGUACAAUAUUGAAUGCCACACGGUUGAAUCUGCAAAUGAUAUUGUGGUCCCAUCCUACAAUGAAAAGAUAAAACACUGUGUUUUCCAGGGUGAUCUCUUGUUGUUCAGCUGUGCAGGAUCUCAUCCAAACCACAAAAGAAUCUGCCCUUGUAGAGACUACCUUAAAGGACAAGUUGCACUUUGUAAAGACUGUCUAUAGCAGUAACUCUCACAUGACUUUAUCAAGGGACGAAAGCUCAAGUGGCUUGGAGAGAGCUACUACCAUUUCUUGCACUUUGCCCAGUUGACUCACUGCAGGCAGAACAAUUGCUGAAGAGCAGAAAUCUGAACCGUGAUGGAACAGAGUAAAUUAGCUAUUUAAAAGAAAAUCUCAGUUUUAUUUAUAUUUCUUUUCCUAAAGGAGCAGGUACAAUGAAGCUCACUGAAAACUAUAUAUAGAGGUGACAAAUGAAGUUCAAUUAUUUGUAAGAAUAAAAGAACUUAGGAUGCGUUGUGUUUCUUUUCCCAGCAACUCCUGAUCUACAACUUUUCUGAAUAUUAUUUCCAGUACAGAAUUAGAUCUGAAAGAUUGGAUGGCGCAGGAAAAAUGUUGCACUGUUGGUGGACUGUUUCCGGGGUUCUGUUGAACCCUGAAUAGUUGGUGCUUUCCCUAUGAACUUGGAGGUACAACGUAAAGCAGCUACUGAAUAUGUCACUGGCUGUUGGUUUUUCUCUUACCCAUCACACAUUGCAAAUGUAUCAUCUUCAGCACUGCUACCGUCCCAAGAUGGAUGAGCAACUAGCACCAUGAACUGGGAAGAUUAGUGGCUGCCAGAGUGACAAAUCCUUUUGGCUUGAUAAUGGAUUGAUUGGGGCAUUCAUCAGGGCUAAAAUGGACACACUGUUUUAAAUGGUUGGUACUCUUUUAUGGUCUUGUCCAAAAUGAUCUGUGCGUACUCCGUUUCCUCCUUUCCCCAGACUUUUGUUGUAGAGUGGUGGCUAGAAAUGCUGUGUGAAUGCUGAAAGCAAAAUGGUGCCAUUGGAGCAUAAUUAUUUUGGAUUGGCUUUCAGGUAUGGAAAUAACAAAUGAAAGGUCAAACUUUAAAGAAAGCAGUAAAGAAAUAAUGUAUGUUAAAAGAGGGUUCAGUCUUAUUAUUGAGUAGGCAUUUGAAAAGAUAUUUUGGGAUAGAAAACAAUUACAUGAGCGCAGUCACUUUACUAGAGUCUGUCUAACAAAAAAAACAUGGGUGCAUGGAAACAGGUUUUUUAUGUUAAACCCUGCAGUCACUCCAGAGAGUGAAUUCUGAGUUUGUUUGUUUAAAAAAUGAGAUUAAGUCUUUAAUAAUAAUAAUAAUAAUAAUAAUAAUAAUUAAUAAUAGAGUGGCUGACAUCCAAAUAACAUUUUGCACCCAAUGGGAGAUGUGAUUUUUGCUGAUCCUGCCCAUCCUCUCUACAGACUGCUGUGGCUCCUGCAAAUAUGUACCUGAGGGUCCUGCAAUGCUCCUGGACAUUUUUUGGGAGGCCCAGAGGGCUGCAGAGUAAAGGGAAGAUUGGCAAAAGUCCCGUCUCUCCUGUUACAUGAGGAAAACAUUACUCAAUGCAUGCAAUGUUGGUCUGCAUGUCAGCCAGUAUCUUUUAUUAAAAAAUAAUGGUUGCAUUGCAGCACAGCUGAUACAUCUUUCAAUGCACUACUUGUGGAUGGGAGGAAAGAGACAUUUAGUGGGAAAUGAAUGCUUUAUCAUUGUGCAGCUAGAUCUGAAAAUGACAAAAGGUUUCAAAAUAAAAAAUAAAAAACUUGGACCAUUUUCAGUAUCACAUUUGAGUAUGAUGUGUGUUUCCUUUCCCCUUAAAGAUUACACACUAUUUCUACUAAUGGGGAAAUACUGUUAUUUCUAUUCUUUUGUAAUAUAUCUUAAUUCAUUGUUUGAUAUUCAUUGUUUUAUGUGAUGAUGACUAGCAUAUCUUUUGACAUACCAAAGACCAUAUGGGGAAACAUUCUCUAAUCAAUUGUCGAGAGUAGUUUCUUUUUAGUUCAAAUGCUCAGUUUUAAAAUAUUACAUUUUAUUUCAAUUGCAUUUUAGUUUGUAAAUGUAGUACCUGCAGCAACAGUAACUACUUUUAUUAAGUAGUUUUAAUGGCAAGACCUGGAUAGAAACUAAAUGAUAAAAUAUCUCUUUUUCAGAUGCUAUGUGCAAAGCAUAUCUCCAAAGUGUGUAUCAAUAUUAGUGGUGUUGAUGAUAAAAAGUUUUAUCAAGGUGGACCAUAGUGAACAUUUAACUUUUUAUUUGUGAAAUUACAAAUGAGCAGUGGCUGGCCCAGACCCUUUAACAGGGCUCACUUGAGUGUGAAAAGACUAAUUUUAUGGAUUUCUGCAAUAUUUAACACUUGAAAUCUGGACAUAUGUAUGUGUUAAGUUAUUAAGCAAUUUCAGAUUCACAGUUGAUCUGUAAGUACAAAACAAGGGCAACAGAAGCCACUGUAUCUCCCCCCCCCCUCAAGUGUCCACACUUAAGCCUUAAAGAUGGUACACGGUGUCGGUGACUGACUUGAUUGUUUGGUAUAAGCUGUAUUCUUGAUGAAAGCGGGAUGUCACCAAACUGAAGCUGGCAAUAAAUCAAGCACUACCAAUUAUUGUGGCAGUGAGUGUUUGAAAAUAUUUGUGCUGUAAAUAUAUCUUUGUUAAUAUAUUCAACUAGUUUGCCUUUAGUAUGAGGGUUGAUUUUUCUCUAUCUUUUUUCCCUUUUUGUGCAAGAUUACCAGAGAAGCAUGAUAGUACAAAAUUCCAUCACAAGAAAGGUUGAAUCAGGAAUUUUGGUCUCAUAUUGGAGGAUCUUUCCUUCAACACUUAACAUGGAUUAUGUAAUCUGAUGCAACAUUCUGUAUGUAUAUUAUGGGGGGUGGGGAUAAUCAUCGUGAGCCCCAAAAUGACCCAAAGCAUCUUGCUGUCGUCUUGAUGUAGCCAAUAUGAUUGGUCUUUCAGUACUCUCUUUACCACAGCAGGUGCAGAUCUGCUAAUUGCUAGCCUACUGAGUUGAUUUUACAGUAAACUGGCCCCAACAAAAGUUGUUUAAUUUCAUCCAGUAACACAAAUGAGUGAGAGUGUAAGUGAAUUUAUAAAGUACUUAUCCUACUAAUGUGGAAAUUUUAUUUUUUUAUUACUAGGAUCAGACCUUUGAAAGUUUAUUCAUUAUUUCUUAAGUUUAUUAAGGUGCUGCAAUUUUUCUGACAGUAAUAUACUUCUGAGUAGGGAUGUGCUCGAAAUGCGAUUCAGCGUCCGAAUCAGAGCACAAUCCCUUUAAAACUGAGGACUUGCAGAGCCCCUUUAACACGGAGGAGAACAGAUCCAUACCACUUUCUCUUGCCGCCACGGCACUUCCCUCAACUAUGCUUGUGCACUGGUGGGCUAUCUCCCAGCUGCCUCUGUGUGACACCAGCAUGCAGGGGCAGCUGGGAGACACCCAGCCAGUGCACAAGCAUAGCUGGGGGAACACCAUGAUUAUGAAAGUGGUGGCAAGCAGAGGAGGAGUGAAGUAUGUACCUUCUCUCCUCUGUGUUAAAGGGGCUGUGUGCAAGCACUCAGUUUUAAAGGAACUGUACUCCGAUUCAGAUGCUGAAUGACAUUUCAAGCACAUCCCUCCUUCUCACCAUGGAAGAUACAUGAAUUUGUGUUUGCACUUUCUUAUGGAAAAUGCAAUGGCUUACCCUGUGCAGGCAGACAGUUCAGCACCGCCCAUGCUACUGCAUGUGUCUCGCUGCCCACGCUGUUGCAGAAGAGUCUUGUUCUGCUGUGACAUAAAAUAAAGUUGCAUAUCGCUACAUCCACCGCAUCCAAGAAAGUGACACCAUGCAACUGCGAUGCACACAGCAGCAUGAGCAUUGCUGGACCAUCUGCAUAUUUACCCACUAUAGAAUGUGAGUAUAGAAUCUGUUUACUGUGAAGAUGACUUGGUGAAUGGAAUAAAACAUGAGGUUUCAACUUACCGUGUUUUAGUCAGUACAUUCUCAGUGAACCAGGCACUUGUAUUAAAAAGUAGAAGCAAGUGAGUCUUAUUAUCAUUUUCACUAACUGUUCUGCAAGCAAGCAGAUGAAGAUUAAGGAGUUUUUCAAGGGAUCAUUCUUUUAAAUAUUGAAUAUUUAUCGAUAAAAGCGAACAUUUUUAACUCUCUUUAAUGCAUAAAUAAAACAAAAGAUAUUCCAACUCGAGAAAAUGCAUUUCAGUGUCCAUACAUCAUUAUCAAUGCUCUAUUUUCAGGCAACUGGAAACACUCAAGAUUAAAUACAGUAACUGAAACUAAAUAACCACUCAAAGGACAGGAGAAGGGCGGGGAAUGAGAGAGAUCUUCACAAAAGUAACCCUUUUAAUAAAAAAAUUGAGGGAGGCCAAUAAAUUUCAUUGCCUCCCUCAAUUGCUUCUUUACAUUAAUGGCUGUAACUGUCCAAUAUCAUUUUAUUUAUAGUUUGAUGAUAAAACAGGUACUUGUCCUUCUGUGGCUAAGCUGCAUGAUUUCCUUAAAAAAUGAAUGUGAGAAUGAGAUAUUUCUUUUAAGAUGAUCAGUAGAACUCUGUAUGUUACCUUUUCUGUCAGAUAAAAUUCCAGCACCAGAACUUAAUUUUGUCCUUUGGUACACUAGGUUGCAAUCUGCAGAUCUCACUUAGUGAAAAUUUAGUUCUAAAAUCCUCAUCACCAGAAGCAACAGGUUUUCAUAGUUUUCCUUCUUUGUUUUAUGAGGGGUUUUUUUUUUACCCUUUUGUUGUUUGGUAUUUUUCAAAAACAUUGUUCUAUUAGAUUACCAGAAUUUGAGAACUACCGGUAUUUACAUAAUUUAUUUUUAAUUUUUUACCAUUAAAGCUUACCCUUUGAAAGGUAAAGAUUGAAUAAACUGUUUAAAACUGCCAAUAAACCUCAUUUUGUCAUAUGCAAGUUGAUUUGCAUAUCUAUAAAUAGGUAUGCUUUUGGUAUAUUAACUGUUUUGUUAUAGGGGUUCUUUUGUAGUAGAAGCAGUCAUGUUUGCAGGGUAUCUUUGGUUUUUGCAUGACAAAGUCGGAACACAUUCUGCUAAUAUUUGUGCCUUUAAAAAUAAUAAUAAUUGUGUUUGAGGAUGUAGACAAUGCCUGAACAGCUAUAAUGGAACACUUAAUUUUAAGAUUAAUAUUUUGUGUAAAUAUUAGUAAUAUAAAUUCUAAAUAUUUUCUAUUAGAAGACAAUGAAGAGCAUUCUGCAAUAUAGAAUGUGGCAAGUAUACGGUCCAUUGAUAUUUCUACUUGAAAGUUGUGUCUAAAAACAAUACACUUUUGCACCAUGUUAUAUCUACUAUGUGUCAGCAAAUGGAAUAAUGCCCAGGAUCUUGUAUGAGUUGGUGCUCUGUUUUGUAAAGAAAUAAACUUGCAGCUCUCAAUGAUCGAAAAAACUGGAACGUUAAUCAGUGACAAUUGGAUAGGUUGUGGCCAGCUGAAAAAGAAAAAGUGAAGGUAGAGUCAUGCUUCUGGUUUUGUGAACUGGCAAGAUACUUUGCAAUUUCAUCCUCAGAGAGGAAGCCUACAGUUGAUGCAUUUUCAAGAUGCUGAAGUAGCCUUUUGCUGAAUAUGAGGCACAUCUUAUACUUUCAGUCUUCAGUGAAUCGCAAAUCAGAACCCUUAAAGGUUCUCCUAGUUGUUGUUGUUUAAAUUUGGUGAAAUACGAGCUUUACCAUGUGAGCAUUCCAGUAGAAAAUGUGCGAGUCUUUGCCUUGUUUCUGAUCUCUUCCCACCAUUGCCAUGUCCUACUGCCAAAGGGCCUUUAGAAUUGUCUGUCUUAAAAGGAUAUAUGCUUUCCCCCACUAUCACCACAUGUGUGUCUAGCUCUGUUUCUCUUACCCAUUACAUUUUCAGUAUUCACAGGAUUAGUGAAGUCCCCAGUGGUAAUCCACCUGCAACAAACUGUAUGCACGCACACAAACCCCUCAUCCUACCUACCCACCCACCUUUUUUUAAAAAAGGCUACAUGUGGCAAUACUCGUGAACAAUUCAUGCAAGGUUAGGCUGCCUUGCUUUUACAAAUGGCCACCAGAAAAAUUUGCAAACUCUGCAUGCUCACACCAGUUCAUACGUUCUCCACAUAGCUGUGGAGGAUUUUAUUUUUUUUAUUCUUAUUUUUGAAUGCAAAGACAGCUCAUUUGUAAUAUCCCUAUGAUUUCUCCACAUGAUCAUUCAGCAGUUAUUCUGGCUGUCUGGCAGGCUUUCUGCUUCCAGACAUUUAAAAACUUAUUUGGAGACAAUCCAGACAGUUAAGUCACACUCAAGUUCAAAUAAAUGAACUGCAUGAUUGAAUAAAAUAUGCAAUGUUUUGUGUAGCUUCUUGAGCCAAACUAGAAUAUUCUGAGUCCAUGUUCAUGUGACUGAAAAAGUGUGAGCACAUCACUCUCUUAUGUAGCAAUUUUCUCUUCACUGAUGCCUUCAUUUUUAUGUCAUUUUGCUUUUUGGGGGGAGGGGGGGAGGUGGUAGUGGCUUUUUUCAAAUGCUUUUGUUUUAACAAAUUUUAUAACUGCAAGUUUUACUAACAGGAAGAGUAUACUGAUAGUGCUUUCAGCAGAGAAAAUGUUAUGGCCUUGUAUAAAAUGAUAGUGCAUCCAUACUUGGCAUAAUGGACUAGUAAUUGUGACAGACUAUGCUUGAAGGACAAUUGAAUAGAUUUCAGAAAAUUCUGGAUCAUGGCAUGCUCGAUGUGCGACAUACAUUUCAAAAAACCACAGAAUUGGCUUUAAGAAGAACCAUCCUAAUUUCAUCAGGGGGUUUGCAUUCUGGAUAAGAGCCUUGUUAAUUAGUCUCCUUCUCUUUAUAGCUACUAAAUACACAUUUGAAUUGCUACCUAACAUUAAUGCAUGGGAAACUAUGGGGAAAGCUCCUCUAACCAUCCUGGGGGCAGAGAUGGUGUCGUGCAAGAGAGCAUACAUCUGUGGAAAGAGAGAAUCAUGGUGAAUGUGUGCUAAUGAUCAAGUAAUGUGCAUAACUCAACCUUGAGUUAUAGGCCCUUCAGUCACCUUCCUUGUCUUCCAGUUUUGUCAUCGUUGAGAGGAUGUGUUAAGCUAGGCAUUUAGUGCAUUCUCUUUCUGCUUAGGGUAUCUCCUCUGUGGUCAAAUGCAGCAACUAGUGUGAUAGUUUGCUUCACUGACAUACCGACGAUGCACUAAUAGAAAAUUUUAGAAGUCGAUAUCCAAAUUCUAACUCCCAUUAAUGUCUCUAGCAAUGUUGUGGAAAGAUGUCAACUGGUUUCUUAAAAACCCUAAAGAAAAGCUUCCCUUUUCUCACUAUGAAGUUUGGCUUUAAAAAAACCCCAAAAAACCACUUAUGCCUCUCAUGCAUCACGCCUAACUUCCUGAAUUGUUCCCCUACCAUAGUGAUACUGAAACUAAACCAUGUUUUAUUAAUGCAAGUAUUCCAGGUUGGAAUUCAUUUGCUCAUCCACUUGAUAUGUGUACAUUUGUGCACGUUAAAUCUAUUAAAAAUGGGGGUCCGCUGUGAGGGACAGUUCUAACAUCUCCAUUAGAACUUGUGGCACUUCUGUAGAGAACCGGAUAUAGUGCUACCAGCAUUACUGUAUUUGUUCCCAUUAUAUGCUAGUAGUGCUGCCAAUCAGUGUUCCCUCUAACAGGGAUUCCCAGAUGUUGUUGACUGCAAUCAAAUGGCCAAAGGCCACUGCAGCUGGGGAUACUGGGAGUUGUAGUGAAGAACAUCUGGAAAUCUCUGUUAGAGGGAACACUGCUGCCAACUGGUUGCUUCCACAUCUGCAGCAGCACUGCCGCAAGUUCCAAUGGAGACUUUAGAAAUGUGCAUCAUGUCAGUCAAUAUUAUUUGAUAGCCUUAUAUUUUCACUGCCCACUCUAGUCAUUAGCUUUUCUUUUGAGAGAGUUUGUGAAGCAGAAUCCUUGCAUUGGUUAGCCCCACGUGCCUUCAUAAAGUGCCUUUAACUUUACGCUUCCAUCAAGCUAUUUAAGGAACAAAGUACCUGUCCAGUUUAUACCACCCAUGUACCAAGCUAUUGGGACUUGACCUCCUGCUCUAGAUUUAUCUUCACUGAGAGCAACCUUGCAAGAAAAUGAAAAUUACCAUGCUGGUCCACAAAAAGGUUUACUUGAUCACUUCAUUAUACAUGCCUUCCCUUCCUGAUAAUUUAUUAAACACAGUUCUUAGUUGCCCUAGGAGGUGAAUAAAUAUUUGAGCUUCUAAAGAAGUCCAGUGAAGUCCAAUCAAGCCUAACUAUUUUUCUGAAAGACUUUGAAGAUUGAUUUUAAGAGCCAAUUUUUUAAAAAAGACUUGUUCACAGCUGUUUACAUAGUUAAAGAAAUUGAAAUAUUUAAAAAGCUUCCCUGCCUUAAGAGGGGUUGCAGUCUUUACAAAGAUAUAAGGGAGAGAGACACGAGCAAGCAGCCACUGGAAAAAAGCCACUGGAUGCGUUUGGGCAAUUACUCUCUUCCUGAUCAACAGGAAAGCCGUAACCUUUAAAGGUGUCUAGGUGCCUUUUUGCCCAGUUAACAGCUGCAAUGGCACAGCGGGGAAGCAGCUUGCCUAGGGAGCAAGAGGCUGUUAGUUUGAAUCCCCACUGGUGUGCUUCCCAGACUGUGCCUAGUAAACAUGUAUUUGUUGUCACCUAUAUCAGGCAGCAGUGAUAUGGGAAGGUGCUGGAGGUGGAUGAUCACUUCAGUGACAACGGCAAAGGUAUCAUCUCAUACUGUGCAGGAGGAAGGCAAUGGUAAACGGCACAAUCUUUUGCCGAAUUAGCAGGCAUGAAGCCAAAAAUAGUAACUGAAAGUAGAUAAAAUGAAACUGACCUAAACUGGGCACUCUAUAUUUACCAGUAAAAUUACCCUUGUGAUAUCAAAGGAAAAAACACAGGCUCCAGUAACUUUAAAAUUGCACCUGUAAUGAUGGAUGCUCUAUAAAGGAACAAGUGUGCUGGCAGACUGAACGUCAACCUGGCCUGCAGUAGAUUAAAGUGAAUUGCUUCAAUUGGGAUGUGUUCAUGUGCUGUAUUUCAGUGCAUGGCUAAAGAAGCACUGUGGGAAUCCAGUUGGGAUCGAUGCAGCUGUUUUCCUUAAUACUGGUAGUACUGAAGGGAAGAUAAAGCUAGAGCAGGGGGGUUACUUCCACGGUUGCUGAGCCGGUUACUGUCCAUAAAUAGCACUCAACAGUAUGAGGAUCAGAGAACCUGGGCAUGAGUGAAAGAACACUAAAACAAGUUCCAUUAGGCCAAGAGAAAUUUCGAUUAGGUGGAGACAUGCUGAAACGCUAGGAACCGCUAGCACGCAUUCCUGGUGGGUGAAUCAUCCAUAGUCGCCCCCAAGUCUGACUCCCGUGCCACAUUACUGAGAUUCGUCCAACUACAUAUCCUGACAACUGAAAUUGGGCAGCUGUUGGAAGACUCUCAGUAACAUGGCGUGGACACCAGACUUGAGCAGGUUUCAAUAACAUGCUUGUGAGGAACUUCUGGUCCCAUGCUAACUGUCUUUCAGGUGGUCAUGAGAGGCACAUAAGUGUAAAGCCUGGCCUGUAUUGUUCUUUGUGAUGGCCUGUUUAUACAAUGCACUAUGGCAGUGCUGUGAGAGUAGAACAAGCACAUGUAAGAGAGGCUUAAUCUGCUGCUUAAAUCAGUCUCUAUUGCAGAAGCACCCUGUUAAAUUCUCCAUUUCCUCUUAUUCAGCAAUCUGCUACUAGUAGCAGAGUUUAGUGAGUGAGUACAUUGUUAAUGUAAGAAGCAGAUUCAUCCAUACAUGGCAAUGCAUCCACUGUGCUAAUCUCUUUAAGAAAGUGAAUGACAGUCCAUGCUCUCUCGCUCCUGGAUUGAUGUAGUGUGUGGUUUACUUUAAAAACCUUCAUUAAUGCCUUUUAGGUUUGUUUUCUUUUUUCCAAAUGUAAAACAGAAGCAUUAAAGAAAAGAAAAAGCAACAGCAUUUCAUCAAGACAAUAUUAAUGUUUCUCAUGAAAAUAUGAAGAUACCUUCUGCAAUUAGACCCAAUUCCUAUCUGCCAAAAAGAGAUUGGGAGAGGAAUGUUAUGAUCCCCUUUCUAGAACUGUCAACUAAUCAAUUGUUUUCUUUUUAAAAAUCACAUUAGCCUAAGUUAUUUAUUGCAAAAGCACUGCUUAUGUAUGUUUAGACAUUUUUGAAACUUUUCCUUCUUAAAUUGUGUUCCAUUAUAUUGUUCAAGCAGUUUUGCUUCAUAGUGAGUACAAUUGUCCAAUUAUAUUGAUUUAAUAACAUGGGGAACUUAAACCAAGGUGUAAAUGUCUGUGUUAAUGGCUGAGAACAAUGCUUUUACUGUUGUAGGGGGAACUAGGGAGAACAUUAUUUUUCAAUAAAUUUUUGUGUGUGA